GCCGGCUGCCCGCGUGGCUUCCGCCGCCCCUCCGAAUCCUCCGGGGCCUCAGAGGAGUUCGCUACGGAGGGAGGCGGGGGCCUUCGGGAGGAGGAGGCGGAGGAGGCGGAGGAGGAGGGAAGGAAGAUGGCGGCCGUGGAACUAGAGUGGAUCCCAGAGACUCUCUAUAACACCGCCAUCUCCGCUGUCGUGGACAACUACACCCGCUCCCGCCGAGACAUCCGCUCCUUGCCCGAGAACAUCCAGUUCGAUGUUUACUACAAGGUAUGGACCAUGGGCCUGCUCUCUUGCCGCAACCUAUGGGGCCGCACCCCCUUCCACGUCUGCGAGCCCCCGCAGUCACCUCUCACCCCUGGUGGCAGGAUCGUCUCCCGAGACAUCUGGCAUUUGCUUCAUCAUUGUUUCCAGGCUUUGAUGGAUCAUGGUGUGAAAGUUGCUUCGGUCUUGGCCUACUCAUUCAGUAGGCGGUGCUCUUAUAUAGCAGAAUCAGAUGCUGCUGUAAAAGAAAAGGCCAUUCAGGUUGGCUUUGUUUUAGGUGGCUUUCUUUCAGAUGCAGGCUGGUACAGUGAUGCUGAGAAAGUUUUUCUGUCUUGCUAUCAGUUGUGUACUAUACAUGAUGAGAUGCUUCAUUGGUUUCGUGCAGUAGAAUGUUGUGUGAGGUUGCUUCAUGUGAGAAAUGGAAACUGCAAAUAUCAUUUGGGUGAAGAAACAUUUAAGUUAGCUCAGACAUUUAUGGAUAAACUGUCAAAACAUGGCCAGCAAGCAAAUAAGGCUGCACUCUAUGGAGAAUUGUGUGCACUCCUGUUUGCAAAAAGUCACUAUGAUGAGGCAUACAAAUGGUGUAUUGAAGCCAUGAAAGAAAUCACAGCUGGCUUGCCAGUCAAAGUUGUGGUAGAUGUUUUAAGACAAGCUUCUAAGGCCUGUGUAGUAAAACGUGAAUUUAAGAAGGCAGAGCAGUUAAUUAAACACGCAGUGUAUUUGGCACGGGAUCAUUUUGGAUCAAAACACCCAAAAUAUUCUGAUACACUGUUAGAUUAUGGGUUUUACUUACUCAAUGUAGAUAAUAUAUGUCAAUCUGUUGCAAUUUAUCAGGCAGCUCUUGACAUUCGGCAGUCAGUGUUUGGUGGCAAAAAUAUCCAUGUAGCAACAGCUCAUGAAGAUUUGGCUUAUUCUUCUUAUGUUCACCAGUAUAGUUCUGGGAAAUUUGACAAUGCACUGUAAGUUCAACAUGCCUUUUCAUUGAUAUCGACUCGACGGCACCUAACAAGAACGAACAGAACACUAUUGUCUGCUUUCUUAACAGCACUCAUUUUAGAGGAGAUUGCCAUUGACUGUCAUAAUAAAGAAACUGAACAGAGGCUGCUGCAAGAAGCUCAUGAUUUGCACCUGUCUUCGCUCCAGCUAGCUAAAAAAGCUUUUGGAGAAUUUAAUGUCCAGACUGCAAAACACUAUGGAAACCUUGGGAGACUUUAUCAGUCAAUGAGAAAAUUUAAGGAAGCUGAAGAAAUGCACAUCAAAGCAAUUCAGAUUAAAGAGCAACUUCUUGGUCAAGAAGAUUAUGAAGUAGCCCUUUCAGUAGGCCAUCUGGCUUCAUUAUACAAUUAUGACAUGAAUCAAUAUGAAAAUGCUGAGAAGCUUUAUUUGCGAUCCAUAGCAAUUGGGAAGAAACUUUUUGGUGAAGGCUACAGUGGACUAGAAUAUGAUUACCGAGGUCUCAUUAAACUUUACAAUUCAAUUGGAAAUUAUGAGAAAGUAUUUGAAUACCACAAUGUUCUGUCUAACUGGAACCGGUUGCGAGAUCGGCAGUAUUCAGUAACCGACGCACUUGAAGAUGUCACCACCAGCCCCCAGUCCACUGAAGAAGUGGUGCAGUCCUUCCUGAUUUCUCAGAAUGCUGAGGGACCGAGCUGCUGA